GCAGCCGGGAUGAAGGACCUGCGGAACCUCUCCUUCUUACACCGUGGGUGUAACAGUCUGCUGCUGAAGGAGCUGCUCAGGGACCCCACAUUGUCAUGUAGGGGGUGAGAGCCAUGUGUGGUGUUGCCCAUGAUGGACGCCAGCUUGGCUAACAUCCUUCUGUCCCCCACUUCCUCAAUGGAGUCCAGAGGACAGUCCAGGACAGAGCUCGCUCUUCUUAUCAGUCUGUUGAGCCUGCUCCUGUCUCUGUCCGUGCUACCCCCCCUCCAGCAGACCACAGCGAAGAAGAUGGCUGAGGCCACCACAGAGUCAUAAAAAGUCCUGAGGAGAGCGCUGCACACUCCGAAGGACCUCAGCCUCCUCAGCAGGUGGAGGCGGCUCUGGCCCUUCUUAUAGAGGGCAUGUGUGUUGUCAGACCAGUCCAGUUUGUUGUUGAGUGACUCCGACUCUGAGACAGACUUUUCCGCAGCGAUGGUCCCUCCUGUCCCCAGCGCCGUGCCGGUCACCGGAGAGUCCUACUGUGGCUGCGACUCCCAGGCUGAGACCAGCUACAACCCCCGUCUGCGAGGUUUCCACCAAGUCAAAGACUGCCACUGUGGAGAGGAGGACCAAGAAUUUGACUGGGGCUGGGACUCGAACAGCCGGUCGACAGCAACAUUACUGAGCUGUGACAAUCGCAAAGUGAACUUCCACUCGGAGUACAGCUGUGGCACAGCUGCGAUCCGCGGCUCCAAGGAGCUGGCGGAGGGACAGCACUUCUGGGAAAUCAAGAUGACAUCUCCAGUGUAUGGAACAGACAUGAUGGUUGGUAUCGGCACUUCUGAUGUCAACAUGGACAAAUACAGACACACCUUCUGCAGCCUGUUGGGAAAAGACACAGACAGCUGGGGUCUCUCUUACACAGGCUUGUUGCAUCAUAAAGGAGAGAAGAUGAACUUUUCGACACGCUUCGGACAGGGCUCCAUCAUCGGAGUCCACCUGGACACGUGGCAUGGCACACUUACUUUCUUCAAGAAUCGAAAGUGCAUAGGUGUUGCUGCCACAGAGCUCCAAAAUAAGAGGUUUUAUCCGAUGGCGUGCUCCACAGCCGCCAAAAGCAGCAUGAAGGUGAUCAGGUCCUGCUCCGCCCCCACCUCCCUGCUCUACCUUUGCUGCGCCCGCCUUCGCCAGCUGCUGCCAGACUGUAUAGACAACCUGGACGUGUUGCCCCUGCCCCCGGGCCUCCGUCAGCUGCUCCACAAUAAACUGGGUUGGGUGCUCAGUCUCAGCAGCGGCGCCGUAGAAGAGACCCCCGAUGGGGCCGAGUGCUCCUCCCAAUCGUCUGUCCCUCCCCUGGCCGGACCGUCCUCCUCGGAGAGCGACUCGGAGGGUUGCACGUCCGACCCCGAAGCCUGUCAGAGGAAGAGAUGCCGCUGGACAUGACUGGGCGGCUCGAGUCCGACCUCCUCUUAAACACUGGCAGAGGUUACUGUCCUACGGCUUCUGUUCUAGUGUUACUUACCUGCCUGAAGCUUAGCGUGGUAGAGCAGAGAACAACCAGGCUCGGUGGAGCAGAGAGAGCGGUGUGUGGGCGGUGGCAGUAGUUCUGCCUGCACGUUUUAUUACUGUGAUCUUCUCUCAUGCCAUUCACAUGUCUUCAUGCACUCAGUAUCCAGCACCAGCUUCAGUAAUGCGUGAAAACAUGUGGUGUUGUUUUGUUAACUAACAUAAUGUGUUGCCAUUCAUCAGCGGCGAUGAGCGACAUUGUGCAGGAAUGGUUACGUGACACUGAAGCAAGAUGAAUCCAAAGUUUUGGUCGUCAUCUUUAUAUAUUUGCAAGGGGGAUGGAGGUUAAAAAAUUACAGACAGUAAAAGUAUUUUCUAUGUUUAUUACCCUGUAUGCAAAAAUAUUAUAUUAUUCGCUGUCCAUGCAUUAUCAAAGUUGUCUGUUACCUGUUUCACUGGCAUCUGCAAUUUCUACUUUUCCAAAUCAAGUGAGUAAAGAAAUGAUAAGAGGAGGUUGAAUGAACGCGAGUGCACUUUGAAGCUUUUAGUCAACAAUUAAAUUAUUGUUUUCUUUCUGUCUCUUGAUCCCCAAACGACUGAAGCACAUCUAAUCGCUCAUCACAUUAUUGGAAAAAAAACAGUUUAUCUAAAUAUUUAAUACAAUCAAGUCUCCCUUUGAAAAGUCCUGCUUGUGGUUUAAAGAAACUAUGAAUUUCCACUUUUCUGAAAAAUGUAAGCAGUAUACAUUGUCUCGUGUGUGUCAGUGAAAUGAGACCACCGCACCUUUCAUGUAACUUUCUAUCGCUGUUACAUCUUAUUGUUAUUUGAGAACUUUUCAAGGGUAGUUUAUUUGUUUGAGUUUAUGUGCAGUUUUUGGUGUUAAACGUUUUUAUGCAAUGGAUCUUUUUUUUUGUUUUUCCCAAAGGCCUUGUUCAAUCCCUGUCCUUAACAAUUGCUCUUGAUUCACUUAAGUUGUAUUUAAUGCUACUGUCAUCAUUUCAGUAUCAAACCCUCAGCCCCUCUUGGCCUGAAACGUGACUUUAGAAAGAGGUUCGGUGAAUAUCUGCUACACUCAGCUUGAGUUUGAUUACUAUGGAUUUCAAUUAUUACAAACUUUCAGUGCAGAAAGUUAUGUCACUGCUCCUGCAGACAAAAUGAUUCUCAGCUCUUUCUUUAGAUGUGUUUGUGUAUUUCUAAAAGUUCUAUGUGGCUCAAAACACAGUUUAAAUGUUGAGCUACUGUCUGGUAACAAUCAUAACUUAUUGAAGCUGUGGAUUUCACCCUAUUUUGUCGAAACUGCAACCGAGAGACUGUCACCUGAGGGAUCUGCAACAUUUCUCUUGAUGUCUUGGAAAACAUUUUACUGUCACUUUUGAUGCCUACGGGGCUGAGCGGGUUCAAAAGGUCAAUUACAGUCUGUAUUGAUAUUAAAUUAGUGACACGGGUCAGAUAUAAAGUAUAGUUUUUUUGUUAGAGUACCCAAUCAUAACAAUAUAGGCUAAGUAUAAUAGUGUUUGAGUAGUGGUUGAGGCUACACAGCUUGCAGGCUGCUGCCUCUGAUCACGUUUAUUUAACCUAAGUAGACGCACACAAACAUUUCUGGUACUAUGCAAUGCAAUUAUCUGAGGGUUUCCUGGAGGAACGGGUGUAUCUGGGUACCAUCCCUGAGACACUGGCACAGCAGCAGUGGUGACGGUACCAGAGGACCACACUUAUCGGCCAUGAGUGGUGUUACAUUCCAGUUGUGCAAUGAGUUAGUCACAAAUCCCUCUUUGUAGAUCCAGUGAUGUAACCACACACUGGUAAAGUUGUAGUCCAGCAGAUGUAUUUUUUUUUUUGUACUUCAUUUAACUAUUUGUCUUCACAUCAAUGCAUUCAAGCACUUUUUCUUACUGUUGUACUGUAAAUAGGAAAAUUCUAAGUGUCUCUUCUAUAAAAUGUCAUAUUAACAAUACUGUGUGUGAGAGCCUUUACUGGCCUUUUUCUGUAUAACCAAGAUCAGCAUGAUUUCAGCUGAAAAUAAAAUGAAUGCUUAAUAAA